CGGCGCUGGAUGGUCGCAGCUGCUUCCAGUCACUUGAUCGGUAGUGGCUGACCAUGCACACUGCAGGGAGCUGUGCACUUCACGUGAAGACUGUGGUGUGAAUUGACGAGUGUGGCUUCCCGUGGCUAAUAAUGUGGCAGCCCUUGGCAGCUGUCGUAUACCCUGUUAAGGUAGUGUAGCAAAUGGGCGCAAGACCGAGGCCUGAACAUCAGACCAAAAUGCGAACUGGCUCUUCAACACGUUCGGCAUCGCAUUCCACGAAGGCUCGUGCAAACAGGUCGUGUCGUCAACCAUAUCUGUUGGUGUCUGCUGUCUGUAUCGUUUCACUUCGCUUGGAUAAAGCUUCGGAUGGGUGUAUGGGACGGAUUAUCGUGCCGGCAUUUCCAAUGGAUUGCAACACCGAGCCACGCGCGGGUGCACUGGUGCUCCUGGUCAUCCUCGAUAGGGAUCAAACCACGAUUACCGAGGCCAUAGCGUGUGAUGAGUGUGGGCCUCGGUUGGCAGGAUGUCAAGCUACUUGUGUAGCGAAAUCGUCGCAACGUUCACAAUAUGGAAGUGCUUCGGCGGUAUUUUCCAAGGAUUUACAGCGGAGCGCAUACCCAUCGAAUUGAGGAAGUGAUUACUGACCGAGACCUUUCGUUCGAAUAAUUGGCCUGGUUUUCAUCGAUUUCUCUUC